UGGCAAUUAUUCUCAUGACAGCAACGGGGGAUAACGCGACGUUGAAAUUUUGAAAGCGUUCGCUCGUCUUGUAGGCGCGACGAGAGACAGAAAAUUCACGCUGGAUUGAAGGGGAGAGAGAGAGAGAGAGAGAGAGGAACGAGAAGCCGGUUCCAAAAAUACGAGUGGAAAGGUUGUUUGACGUCAUGUGACAUAGACGCGUUGUGUUGUGCGUGCGAACUCCAUAAAGCGAUCUACACAAUCUUGAAACUCGUGCACGAUCUAGAACCACUUGCAUCGUGGUUCUCGUGGUGCAAAUAAUAUAUAUACCGGUUUUAGUAUUCAUUGAAAACCAUUUUGAUGUUGUUAUUUGUGUCGCGAAACCAGAUAUCGAUAUCGUUGGCAUCAUCUGUCCCCCCAUUGUGCGGGCCGCUUAACCGGUGUUGCAGACGGUUGGAAAGGGAAAAUAAUUUGGCAGUCAUCGGUGAAUCAUUAAAGAGAAACGUUUGGAAACGUUUUUAAAAGCGUUGAAUUGGUGAAUAAUAGGUUAAAAUUUAUCCGUGCAAGUGUUAUUCGUUAAAUAUUAUAUAAUAUUUGUUUGUUCGAACAAUAUUAACACUUUAUGUAAAAAGUUUAAUACGCUUUUUAUGUACAAACUUCAUAUAAGAAUCUUAUAAUUUGAUAAUUAAUAGAUUUAAUCGUGUAUAUGUUGUUUUUAUCUCUUGUAUUGAGAAAGUGUGUGUACAAGAAUGUAGAUAAUGGAACGAUUAACGUUGAAAAAAAAAUAACAAAGAUAUAACGAUAAUAUAAUUACAAUUUAUCGUUGUACUACGAUUCACCGAAUAUAUUUAUAUCGCGUGAUAUAUCAACGUUUAAAAUAUUAUUAUUCAGUUGCAUUUCAUUCCACUUUUAAACAAGUUUCAUUCACUUUCAAAUCACAAGUCCGAUCUUAAUUACUCGAUAACUCUCCCCGUUUCUUUAAUCCUCCUCGAAAUGAAGUUUCUACUCGCGAUAUUUAUAACGAUUGUUUGUGCGAUGUACGACGAUGCCAAUGGCGCCAGAAUUUUGAUGAUGACUCCGCACCAAGCGAAAAGUCACUACAUAGUGUACGAGGCGUUGCUGAAGAGGCUUGCUGAGAGGGGCCACCAAGUGGUUUCGUUCAACCAUUUCCCACAGAAAACAGUUUUACCUAAUUUCACGGAUGUCGAUAUAUCUUCGAGCAUGCCGUACGUGGUCGGUACAAGGUCGAUCGAGCUUGCGUACAAGCGGACCAUGUGGCAAAAAUUGAAAUCGAUAUCCCAUUUAAGCUUACCAACGUGUGAAUCUGUACUCGAGCAUCCGGAAUUGAAGAAACUUCUCCAUUCGAAAGAGAAGUUCGAUGUGUACAUCAUGGAAAUCUUCCUCUCCGACUGUUUCAUCGGUAUCGGCCACGCUCUCAAAAUACCAAUUGUGGUUGGAGUAAGUAGCACCGUGUCUUAUCCAUGGACGAACGACAUUCUUAGGAAUCCUGACAUCCCUAGUUACAUUCCUAACUCGGUUUUAAGCAAUUUUUCGGACGAGAUGAAUUUCUUCGAGAGGGCCACCAAUUUGAUGUACCUUUUCAUCAGCAAGCUCGCCUAUAGGUAUCUAGCGGACAGGCCAGGCUACGAGAUCGCGAAGAAACACUUCGGCGACGAUCUUCCGGACUUGGACACGUUACGUUCAAAGAUGUCGUUGAUACUGACGAACGGGCACAGGGCUGUGAACACGCCACGAGCCCUCGCUCCAGAGUACAAAGAACUGGGCGGUAUGCACAUACCAGCGUCAGGCCCUCCGCCGUUGCCCAAAGAUCUUAAGGAUUUUCUCGACUCGAGCGAGAACGGGGUCAUUUACUUCAGCCUGGGAUCGCAGAUAAACAUGUCCACACUGCCCAACGAGGUGUUAAUGUCUUUCUACGAGGCAUUCGAGCGGGUACCGCAACGGAUAUUGUGGAAGUGCAUCGAGAGCAAUAUGCCCAGGCUGCCCAAGAAAGUUAAGUGCAUCGAAUGGGCGCCCCAGCUCUCCAUAUUGUGUGACCCGAAUGUGCGGCUAUUUAUCUCGCACGGUGGAAUGCUGGGAUCUCAAGAGGCGGUUUAUUGCGGGGUACCGAUUCUCGGCAUACCCCUGUACGGGGAUCAACACCUGAACCUGGCCUACUUCGUGAAAAGGGGGUUCGCUCUGAAACUGGAUUACUAUCAACUUUCAUACGUGCAGGAGAUAUCAAACGCUUUGAACGAACUGCUCCUGAACAAGAGUUACAGAGAUAUGGCAAGGAAAGCCUCUUUCGAGUUCAGGGAUCGACUGAUACCACCCUUGGACGAGGGUGUUUAUUGGAUAGAAUAUUUGCUUCGCCAUGGACCGGAUUCGUUGAGGACAACGGCAAUAAGUUUAACUUGGUAUCAAUAUUUAUUGCUGGACGUUAUACUCGCGAUAAUAAUUUCAAUCGUGUUGACGAUAUUCAUCGUUUACAAGUUAUUUAAAUUAUUAAUUUGGAAAAGAAGUAUGUCGAUAGAUGUUAAUAAGAAACGAUCGUGAAGAAAAAUCCUACUUCGAAAUAUCGUAAGAAGUUGUUAAGAUCGUUUGAUUAAUUAAAAAAAAAGAAAAGAAUUCGUUGUACAGAUUACACUUGUUAUAUUUAUUCUUAUUUUUUAACAUGUAAUAAUAAAGUUUUUUAUGUGUUUAUGUAUGUAUAAUAAAUAUAAUAUUUAACUCGUUUAAAAAUA